AUGCAAAUACAGCCAGAACAUGAAACGCCUGUACAGAAUAAUAAUAAUAAUGAUAAUAAGAAUAACGAUAGUUCCGGUGAUUCGAAGAAAGCCCAUCGACGAGCCACAAGAUUGAAAGAGCCGGAACAUGAAACGCCUGUACAGAAUAACAAUAAUAAUGAUAAUAAGAAUAACGAUAGUUCCGGUGAUUCGAAGAAAGCCCAUCGACGGACCGCAAGAUUGAAAGAGGCUCAAAAUCAGCAUCUGUGGUCCAUCGCACGCAGAUCCUCAGCAGUUGCACCGCAACAUGGAGCUGGAGCAGGCCGCGAUUAUCGAAAUCGCAGUCAGAAUACAGUAAAUAUGAAAACCUCGAGGCGAUUCCAGCAGAAC